GUCUCUUUCCUUUCUUCCACAUCCACGAUGCGUCCAACACCCCUCACACUCCUACAAAUCCUCCCUCGGGCGGUUUUAGACAAAAAAGCUCAGGCGAUGGUGAUACCCUCUCUUUCUGAACUUGCCAAAGCCAAAGCUGCUGCAAAGAAGACGGAACAGUCAAGGACGGUAGUGGAUGAACUUUUGUCGAGGAAGGCACGAAUGGCAACGACAGGAGCAGUAACUGAGGACCAGUGGCCGAUAAACCUGAGAGUUGAACGUGUGGUUAAGAAGGAAGAUUUAAAACAUGUACAUGCGGAUGUUAGGAAGAGGAUGAAGCAGUUGGUGUUGAAGGAGACUUGAGUGAAAGGGUCCCCGCUCUUUUUGAGUCUUUCUCCGGGGACUCGAGUGGGUGUCUACAUGAAUCGGCCCGUGUAAGAUGUCAAGAAUUAAGGCGCUGAAGCGUGGACGGCUAGACUCCACAGCGACUCUUUGCUCGGGCUACGUAGAGUAUUCCGUGUUUGUACUUGUAAAGAUGCGGAUGUUCCAUUUCUCUGGACCGACCGUGGUCUCCCAUCUAUCUCUCAGGUUUAUGGAAAGGUUGGAGACUCCCGGUUCCACGUUCAACGAAGUGACAAGCCCCCGAAACGAGCUUCGCGUUCUUUCUGUGUCAAAAGCCUUCCAGUGCACCGUUACUUC